AAGAAAACGUACAAAAACCCUGCCUGCCUCCGCGCCCACAAGGGAGCCAUUCACGGAAAUAGGAUUCGCCCCGAGUGCGCUAUUUGUCGACGAACGUUUGUUUCCCGAGCCGCUGCUCGGGCGCACCAUAGAAUUUAUCAUUCCACCACCCCACGGACCCGCCCGCCCUGCUUGUUUGCAGGGUGUGCCAAGACAUUUCUGGACAAAUCAGCUCUUAAGGGACACGUGAGGAUGGAGCAUGCCGAAAAUCCGGUCCGAUUUCGGUGCACCCUUUGCGCCAGGGAAUUCAAACGAAGGGAAUACCUUAAUUUACAUAUUACCACCAACCACACGGGGGAAAAGGCUUACAAGUGUUCAACAUGUGAAAAACGGUUCGUACAACGGAGCCAUUUGCAAAUUCAUCGGAGAGUCCACACGGAUAAAUCUGAUCGUAUAAAGUUCAUCUGCCAUCACUGCGACCGGGUUUUCUUGACAAAACCUAGCCUAACCGGGCACAUCCGGGCAGCCCAUGAAAACCUUAGGAAUUAUGGAUGCCCUCAUUGUGACAAGAAAUUUUAUCGCUCGGCCCAUUUAAAGGGGCAUGUGGAAUCGAAACACACCAUCAGUAAGGAUCCUGCGACAAAUGCGAGAAUUCCACGUUCGGCAUGUGAAAUAGAGCCGUGUCGAUGGAAAGAGUGUUACUUUUGUGGGAAAAGGUCUCUCCGUUAUUUUAACUUGGCUCGACAUGUGCGGAGACAUACUUCGGAGGUUUAACGUGGAUAUACUACCAUACCUGUUCAAAAAUUUAGUUUUCAUUCAAACGUCAGCCAUCCCGAUUUUUGACUGAAGAUUUUCAUUCAUUUUCUUUCAAGCUCGUUUCAUUUCACUUAAUCUGACUUCAGUUCUUACUUCACUCCAUUUAUUAAGCAUUGGGUAUAAAAUGAAAUGAGUGAGAAAUCUUUCAUACAUACAUACACAGUCAGUCAUCUGAAAUGAAAGAAUCUUCUAAUUAUUUUCACUCAAAUGACAGGAAAUUCAUUUUCAUUCACUAUCACUGACCAUCAUAAUCAGUCAAAUGAAUGAAAGUGAACAGGUAUGGGAUAUACGGAACAAGUGGUGAAUGCAAAUAGAUAGUCGAAACGAAUUAUGGAAUAAAAUAUUUAUGUCUUUCGGGGUGAAGCACAUAAUUUCGAAAAGUCCAUCCCGUGAAAUCUUCCGUGACAUUCCUGCAUUCUGAUUGGCUGUUGACAUUUCUGCUCCAUCAAUAAGGGAACAGAUACGAAUUAUGAUUACGAUUAUGAUUAUG